UUUUUUUUUUUUUCUUUUCCUUCUUUUUAUAUAUACCAAACGCAAACAAAUGAUAGCAACAGUUCCUUCAAGAAACAAAGUUGCUAGUAGUGGAAGAAGAAAACAACAAAAGCUACCCGAUCCCGUUGUGGUGUCUGACGAAGAAAGUGUAGAGGACGAAUCCAUAACGAGAUGUGUCUGUGGUGAACUACAUAGCAUUGGCUUAAUGGUGUGCUGUGAUCAAUGCGAAGUUUGGCAACAUUGUGAAUGUAUGGGUCUGGAGGAACAAGAAAUCCCUGAGCAAUAUUUCUGUGAACAAUGCAAGCCUUCAGACCAUGUGGAAGUAAAAGGCUACGACAAAACGCGUAGAUAUUAUAAACCUUCGUCACCUACUGCUUCAGACUCUGACAAAAGAAUGACAAAGAGAAGAACAACUUUUAACAGCAGAGAGGCUUCCAUAUCUUUGGAAGAAGUUUUAGCCUUUAGAAGCGCUAUAGAACAUUCAGGGAUGGAGCUUCCCCAUGCGGGUGAAUACCACUCCAUUGAAGAUGGCAUUACAGUUUUGCAAGAUUAUGACGAAAAUGAAACUAUUACAACAAGACAAGUUAGACCAAAAAGACAGAGCAAAAAAUCUGAGAAAAAAGUAUAUACCCGCCGUACACCACAACAACAAUCAGCAGUCGCAAUAUCCCCACCAUCCCCACCAGCGCCAACACCCACAGCACUGCUACUGCAGCAUCAGCAAGAACAACAAACCCCGAUAUUCUUUCGUGAAACCUCACCGCCAGCCAAAAUACGACUUCCUUCACAUCGUAUGAGUAUACCAGAAAUGAAUAGAAGAGCCAAUCAGAUAUUAGAAUAUAUUUGCUCUAUUCAAGUUGAAUUAAAGUCCAAUAAAAGAAAGAAACAAGAUGAUGACGAUGAAGAAGAAAAUGUAAAACGUAGACAAUUAAUUGAUGCUCAAAUUGCUGAAGCAAUGUCAAAUCAACAUUACAGUGCAGGCACUGAUGAGUAUGAUUUAGAUCAGAGAGACGAAAAAGAAAACAGAAGGCCAACACCUAUUCUUAUACCUGGCAAAUUCGAUCAUUCUUCUUCUCCUUCUUCCUCACUCAGCAGUGCAAGUACUAUACCUUUAGAUGAUCAUCGCCUAUUGGAUGAUCAUCAUGAUGAGCACACUGAAAAAAGUGUAGCCGAAGAAGCCCUACAGAGAAAAUCUGACCAAUCUUCUAUGGAAAUUAUGGACCAUCUCACAAGACAAGUCGUCACCUUUCAACGUCGUUUUGGCUCCCUGUCUUAUCACUUGGAGGACGCUGGCAAUGAAAGUGAUGGUCCAAUCACAAGAAGAAGUCAGAACAAGUCAAUAGUAGAUAGGUCUCCUUUUCUUCUUUAAAUAUCUUUUGCACAUACAUCCAUCAUCUUUCAAUUAAACUCCCCCCUCCCCAUUUUUGUACAUAUCUAUAACUUUAAAUAAAUGCUCUUUUUUUUUAUUAUUAUUAUUGU